ACACACUCGUAACCCUCGCAACAGGGUACAUAAUGUCCAUUAUGCUAAUCUAUUCUUGGCUCUGUUAGUCACUUGGCAGCAGACAGCAAUCUCAGAGCAAGCGUGAUUCUGUUUUGCUGAGAAAACUUUGCGCCCACCUUUCAAAGACUCCCUCCUCCUCCCCCCCUUCCUCACAUCAUCCAAAACCUGAUGCGAGAACUGAACCUUUGCAGAUUCAGUGGACGCAUGAGGCUUGCAUUAAGAAUACGCGGGAUUGCUUCCAUGUGUAUGUUUACACAGUAAGCCAAUCCCUUAUGAGCCUCUAAGCAAACGCUAUUCUGCUGGGACUACUAUUCCUGAUGUUUUUUCUUAGGCCCGCACAGGCAGCACCGCAGAAGAGCAGUGUGACUAGGGGAGAGACAGGAGUAAGCAGCAAAAUGGAUGCAUCUUCCAUCUAGCACUACACAGAAAGGAUUUCAUCAGCACAAUGAACUGGGGGAAAGGACACUCUUCUGACUUGAAGACCCGGAUAGGCUGCACUGCAUAUAUCCAGCAUCUAAGAGUUCAAGGACAGAGACUUGACUUCUGAGCUGCAAGAAAACAUACCACUGUGCCGAGAAGCGUAGGAUGUUACAACGAAGUCAAGUUUGUGUAAGACCACGUUCAGAAAGGUACAACUGAACGCUGUUUCACUGAACAAUGGUCAGAACAAAACAACUGGAGUGCAAAAGAUGAACCUACUUGAGACAGCAAAAUCAGGCUUUUUUAUAUGCAUCGUGGGUUGCAUUAUCAUCUUUGCUUUCGUCUACGUAAGGAAUACAAUCCCUAAGGAAGGCGAUGAGCAAAAACUCCUCCCGGAAUUAGCAGAGUGUGGCGAUUACCCCGAUGAGCUUUGCUCGGCCCUCUUUGAUGGGAAAGAUGCUGCUCCUCAAAUUGGCCACCUGUGCCAGCAGGUUAUCCGCAGGCAAGAAAUGUCUACCUGCAUACAGACGCCUUGCAACUGCUCAACACUUCAGAAGAGACUCCACUUCAUUACAAGUCCUCUGUCAGAAGAAGAAGGCAACUUCUCCUUGGCGUACAUCAUCACCAUUCACAAGGAGCUGGACAUGUUUAUAAAAUUACUCAGAGCCAUUUAUGUGCCUCAGAAUGUUUACUGUAUACACAUUGACAAAAAAUCAUCAAAGGAUUACAAGUCGGCUGUGCAAACCCUGGUUAACUGCUUUGAAAAUAUUUUUAUCGCUUCGAGGACAGAGAAUGUUGUCUAUGCAGGAUUUUCCAGAUUACAAGCCGAUAUCAACUGUAUGAAGGACUUGAUUCAUUCAAAAAAUCAAUGGAAUUAUGUUAUUAAUCUUUGUGGCCAGGAUUAUCCCAUCAAGACUAACAAGGAACUUAUGCAGUACAUCAAAAGCAAAUGGAAUGGUAAAAAUAUGACCCCAGGAAUUGUUCAACCACCUCAUAUGAAACACCGGACACAUGUGAGUUACAAAGAAUAUGUACAUUCAGAAAAAUCUUAUGUUUAUCCAACGAAGAAUGUGAAAAGUGAACCUCCCCAUAAUUUGACUAUUUAUUUUGGGGGUGCUUACUAUGUACUCACAAGAGGAUUUGUAGAGUUUAUACUGACAGACACACGUGCAAAAGAUUUGCUUGAAUGGUCAAGGGAUACCUAUAGUCCGGAUGAGCACUACUGGGUCACCCUCAACCGCCUACCAGAUGCUCCAGGUGCAACACCAGAUGCACAGUGGGAAGGAAACAUACGUGCUAUCAAGUGGAGAGAUCAAGAAGGGAAAACCCACAAUGGCUGCAAAGGCCAUUAUGUCAGAGACAUUUGUGUGUAUGGUCUUGGGGACUUAAAGUGGAUCCAUGAAUCUCCCUACUUGUUCGCCAACAAAUUUGAGCCGGCAACCUAUCCACUUGUGAUGGAAUGCAUGGAGAGGCAUUAUAGGCGUAAGGUACUCCAGCAGGCGGAAGUCCCACUGGAAGCACACUGGUAUUUGCAAGAACAUACAUUUCAACGUGAAGCAGAACAACUGAAAUAACCAUUGCAAAUAUUUGGAGGACAAAGCAGAAGAAAAGAAGAAGUGCUU